AUGCCUUCACCACGAGAUACCCCUGCAGCCACGGUGCGCCUCGCGACUGAAGACGAUUGUGGAGAAGUCGCCACUCUCCUUACGCGAGCCUUCGCUAAUGACCCAGCUAUGAACUGGUGGGGAGGCGUUGAGAAGGAGACUGCCGUGACGAACCUCAACAAACUCGAUGCUGGGAUGAAAAAAACGAUGGAAAACCUCCAUCGGUUUCAGAGUUGUGUUGUCCAUGCGACGAUGAACGCGGGCGGAAUCAUUACGCUUGCUCUAGUUCCAAAGAGUGACGGAGAGCCAGGAGAGCAAAUCGUUGCAGUGGCGCUGUGGAUGACACCUGGGAAAACAUUUGACUUGCCCUUCACCACGUUGAUAAAAUCGGGCGCGUUCUCGCGCUUUUUUGUCAAUUUCACUCCUCAUGUGGAGGAGUCGCUGCACAAAUCAUUCAAGUCUCGGAACCUCGAUAGGCUAGAUUCGUGGCACCUGCUCGAGAUGGUGGUAGAUCCUGACUGGGAGGGGAAGGGAUUCUGUUCUCUUCUCAUGAAAGACGGGUAUUCGCGAGCAUCGCCGAAACCUAUUCAUCUCGAGGCUACAACACCCAAAAGCAAAGACAUAUAUCUCCACUACGGGUUCGAGAUCGACAGCGAACACGUAUUUGGUAAAGGCCAGGUAGACAAGGCUGGGCACGCAGCUAAAGGUGCUGAAGCCACAGGGUAUCCUGAAUGGGUUAUGACCAAAUGGGAAAUAUAACGCUAGAGAGAUACGCGAUUGACCUUUCGCGUCCUUUCGCGAUAUUUGUGCUCGUACUAUGUAGAAAGGCCCGUAUAAAAUUUAUGCCUGAAGCACGAAGGCCUCAUGAGUCCUGAAUCAUGCAGUCUGAAUGCUACCGGUCAAUGCGGAGAAUUUCUAAGCAAAUUUCUGAAUAACGACCCGAGAGCAUUAUCAGCAGAUUGACGUUGAAGUAGUGUUUGGAUUUGUCUAUAAUCUCUUCGAAGAGCUCGCAGAUGAACUUCUCCUCUACUUCAUCUUCGGAGUAAA